GGAGCACAAGGCUUCCCUUUGCCGUACAUUUGUCUGGUAUGGUAUGGUGGCGUGCCAGAUUGUAUUGUUUCAAUAUAACACAAACUUAGAAUAUUAAAGUAAAAAAAAGUAACAAUGCACUUCAACAUACCUGUUGUAGAAGAACAAAUAGAUAUGCUCGGUGGGCGGUUUGCGGUGUAUCAUGUUUACUUGGACGGGUUACUCUACUGUAAAGUGAAAUACAGCGACAUGUACAAGUGGGAUGAAGAGCUGAGAAGAAUCUUUGGGGACUGCCUUCCACCCUUUCCCCCUAAUUAUUACCUCUCCAUGACUGAGACUAUGGAAGAUGAACGAAGACUCCUACUGGAGCAGUACCUUCAGAAAGUCAGUGCCAACUCAAGCAUUUCAACUCAUGACGUAUAUACGUUUUUAAGAAAAAUGCAACAGGAAACAUUCAAGAUUCCUAUACAAAAUUGUGUCCUAGAAGUUUUACUGCCAGAUGGGGAUAAGGUUACGGCAGAUAUUCAGUCAUCUGACCCAGCUGAACGAGUUCUGGAGAUUGUGUUUUGUAAGAUGGAGUUGCCCAGGCACAUGCUAGGAUAUUUCAAUCUGUUCCUGGUGGAAGGGGUCAGUGGAGGGCAGUAUUCUGUUUUGAAAAGACUGGCUCCAUUUGAACUGCCUUACGUGACUCUGAAGAGUGUGAACGAUGAGCAGUGCAGGAUCAUGAUCAGAAAAAGCUACUUUGACCCAGAUAUUGACCGGACAGUCAUGGAGAACAGCCGUGGCUUAAAUCUCCUGUAUUUACAGGCUGUUAGUGACAUGGGGAUGGGAUGUUGGACACCCACAAAUAAGCAGCUGUUAAAACUGAGGUCGCUACAGGAAACAGGCCAGAAGAAAGAGUUUUUAGAAGUUGCACAGCAAGUUAAGCACUAUGGCUAUAUGCAGGCUGAAGCUUGUAUCUGUGAACACCCAGAGCCAAACAGCCCUACUGUUGUUAGGGUGGGAUUUGAGGAAAUUAAUUGCUGCGCCAAGUUACUUAGCAACCAAGCUGAAGAAACCAGCUUUGAGAUCAGCAAAGUGAAAUGUUGGAGUGUCAGGUUGCUGGGGACAUCAACGCGAAACCCAAGUGAGGAAGGUGACAUUAAACUGGAAUUCAGUUUUGAGUAUUGCUAUGGAAACGAUACCUGGAAAUGGAUCACUAUUCACACACACCAGGCGUUUUUGCUGAGCACGUUCAUGCGCCAAGUUCAGGCAGAACACGCAGCUAAGAAUCUUGACCUGUUUGAAGAAAUGAAGAUUGAAAUGCCUGAUCUGCAAAUUAAGACGAAGCAGAGUGUUCCCCAGUACCUGAAAACUGAUAAAGCCAGAUCAACACUGACAAGAAUCAAAUCCGCAGUCCGAGGAAUCAAAGAAGACAGCGUGUUUGAAGGCAUUGAGGACAAGGACCUCUGAAUGAAGAAAACGUCCAGAUGCUGUCAUUUUGCAUUGUGUUGCUGAAGCCAUGCAGCCACGUUUAAGGUAGAAUCUUCUUGUUUGGUACAGCCAGGUUUAAGGUAGAAUCUUCUCGUUUGGUACACUGCUGUAUGAUGAUGGUGAACCUGCCCAUUUUCACUGAUAUGAUCGACUCAGCAAGGAAUCAUUUAUUAAUGUGUGUGUGUGGGGGGGGGGGUGGUAUUUGGAAAUGUGUUUAUUUGUUGCCUGUUAGCUACCACUAAGGAAAGGCUAGGAUUGUCAAAUCAUUGUAUAGUAUUAUCCUCUCAAUCAAGUUCCAUUAACAGUGUUGUCCAGUUAAAAUGAACUGUUUCACCCUCGCAGAAUGUUUACAAAACAUUGUGUCAGGUAUCACUUCACUUACCACAUGUCCCCGGAAAUGAUUGUUUUUGUUCACAAAAUACACCAUGUUUCUAAUUGUUUAGUGUUGCAAUUCAGUGCUGCCUAUUCACACCUGUACAACAUAUAUAUACAGGGCUGGCACUCGGAUGUGAAACAAGCAAUGUGGUUCCAGCUGCCUGUAUAUUGGAUGGAUAGAGACAGUUGGAGCCUUGUCACAUAUUCUUAAUCACUGCGCUGCCAAACAGAAUAAAGUAUCUUGCUUUUACAGUUACAGAUGUACAGCUGUAACUAUGAAACUGAGUGACCAUUACCUGCAAAAACUCCCAAAGUAGGAAGCAGACAUGCCAAUUUGGAUGAAGAACAAUUGCUUUAACUGGAAGAUAGCAAAAAAAUAAAAUCAGUCACCCUGACUUUGUCACUUAAAAUAAUGUAUUUUUAGUGGUUUGUAAACGUUACAAAAAAAUACACUAAUGUGUAUUAUCCACCCCUCUGACACAUACUUGGAAAAUGACUGAAAUCCGAGAUGUCAUUGUAUUUAUUUGUAUUCCUCCCGUCUGUUAUGCUGAAACUGCAUGUCUGCACUGUCAAUGACAAUGUCCACAAUAUCAAAAAUACAGAUGUACUUUCUUUUGAAUGUUCCAAUAAAAUUAAUUUACUCAGCUUAACUU